GUAAUUCCGAUCAUAAUUAUCUAAGCAUUGUUCUUAAAGCUGUGUGAUAACUAUACGUAGACUUUCAUCAUAUAAGACAACCUUCGAUUAACCAUAGAUGACAUUUCGUAGCAUCUCAGAGUGAUCAGAUUUGCUACCUCUUAAACUCAGAAAACAUAUCAAUACGAGACAUAGAACUAUAUUUCCGCCUUAAGCCAUUCCCGACAUCACCCCUUUUCUAUCAGUUACAAGAACAAAACUGCUUCAGCAGAAUGCAUCUCAUACUUACUGGAGCGACUGGGCUCGUGGGCUCGGGUGUCCUUGAUGCUAUGAUCAAGAUGAAAGACAUCAGCAAAAUCUCUAUCAUCAGUCGACGACCAGUUCAGAUGGCGGAAGACGCCAAGGAUCCUCGAAUCAACGUCAUAAUACACAAAGACUUUGAGAGCUACGAUUCCGACCUGCUCUCUAAGCUCAAAGGGGCUACGGGGUGCGUGUGGGCCCUAGGCAUUAGCCAGACUCAAGUUGGCAAGGAAGAAUACGUAAAGAUCACCAAGGACUAUGCAUUGGCUGCAUCGACGGCUUUCCAGACAUUAGCAUCGGAACAGGAGCCCUUCAACUUCGUAUAUAUCUCGGGAGGAGGCACCACCACGCAACCGGGAAUGUUCACAGCCCUGUUCGCAAGGGUAAAGGGAGAAACAGAGCUAGCACUAGCCGAGAUGCGCAAAGUGAACCCAUUAUUUCACGGAAGCUCUAUCCGCGCGGCGUUUAUCGAUGCAGCAAAACACGACGCCAUUAAGUCGUAUAUCCCGACUCAAACUUUUGCGAUUAAGGCUACUGGCGCUACCUUAGGGCCUCUAAUCAGAUGCGGAAUGCCGCAAUAUUGGAGUCCCACGGCAGACCUGGGACGAUUUGUAACCGAGAUGGCGAUGGGAAAAUAUAAGGAUCAGCUAAAAGCGAGUAAUGGUAUCCAAAUGGAGGGUGAGUUCCCUAUACUGGAGAAUUCGGCGUUCAGGCGACUAGCUGGUCUUGAUCGCAAAUGAAGGGAGAGGAUGUAGGAGUUUUCACGUCGAUUUUUGGGGGGCGUCUAUUAAUUUAUUUACCAAGGUACCUACUAGGUAGGUAAAUAGGUACGUACAUGUAUAGAAUAUUCACCACCUACAUGUACCUGUCUUAGUUCGAAGGGGCGGUAUCCUGCCUGUAUUUUAGUAUCUUUAUCCCCUAUCUUAUUAGUACUCAAAACGCCAUCUCGG